UUGCACCACUGAUGUAACUUUCAUUUCCUGACUGGUAAGGGUCAUUACAUUAUGAGCCCAGAGUUUGUGUAGAGUCCGGUCUACGAAGCUGAACCGUCCUUUCACAAUCACUGAACUUCAUGAAAUGAUGUUACGAACGCUGUGUCGGACCGGCGGGGCCCUUCUUCAGCAAACCCAGCGGGCCGCGCCCCGGUUGUGGGUUACGCCCGCCCAGCAGCGAUGGGCGUCCAGCCUGCCCAUGAACACCGUGGUCCUGUUUGUGCCCCAGCAGGAAGCCUGGGUGGUGGAGAGAAUGGGUCGCUUCCACCGGAUCCUAGAGCCGGGUCUGAACUUCCUCAUACCCAUACUUGACCGAGUGCGCUAUGUGCAGAGUCUCAAAGAGAUUGUCAUUGAUGUGCCGGAGCAGUCUGCAGUAUCUCUAGAUAAUGUAACACUACAGAUCGAUGGAGUGCUUUACUUAAGGAUCCUAGACCCUUUUAAGGCCAGUUACGGUGUCGAGGAGCCAGAAUAUGCCGUGACACAGUUGGCGCAGACCACCAUGCGUUCAGAAUUAGGCAAACUCACACUGGACAAAGUCUUCAGGGAAAGGGAGUCCCUCAAUUCCAACAUCGUCCACUCCAUCAACCAGGCUUCAGAUGAGUGGGGGAUCCGCUGCCUCCGUUAUGAAAUCAAAGAUAUACACGUUCCACCUCGUGUCAAGGAGUCCAUGCAGAUGCAGGUGGAGGCCGAGCGUAAGAAGAGAGCCACGGUGUUGGACUCUGAAGGGAUGAGGGAAGCGGCCAUCAAUGUCGCUGAGGGUCAGAAACGAGCUCAGAUUCUGGCCUCGGAGGGUGAAAAAGCAGAGCAGAUCAAUAAAGCAGCUGGUGAGGCCCAAGCAGUUCUGGCCAGAGCAGAGGCAAAAGCUAAGGCUAUCUGUAUGCUGUCAGAGGCUCUGACCCAGCAGAACGGAGAUGCGGCAGCCUCGCUGAGUGUAGCCGAGCAGUAUGUGUCUGCUUUCUCCAAACUCGCCAAAGAGUCCAACACCAUCCUCCUGCCCUCUAAUACCGGGGACAUGAGCGGAAUGAUCACACAGGCUAUGACCAUUUACAGCACCAUGGCAAAGAAGGGUCCAAACGUACCAGAAGCGGCGCAGCUGAAGAGUGAAGACCAUGCGAACCAAUCAUCUCAAUAGCAGAGGACUCGGCGAAUGAACUCAAAGCAGUAAAAUGUCACCGAAGCAGAAAACAGUUACGGGGAGCUCCAAAGGCAUCGCUGUGUGAUGAUCACAAUACCCCCUCUACUGACCGGACAGGAAAACUAUCACCUUUACUAACUCCUGGGAUGUUUUUCCUUGGAGUCUCGGGUGGAAAAAACACUUUUUUUGAAAGAGGAUUUUUAAUCUUCGCUGUAUAUUUAUGUUCAGAUAUUGUCAGAUUGGAAAGUUAACACCAGCCUUCGGCCAAAUAUACUCACACCAGUGACUUCGGCAGGCUGACAAAACGGAGAAAUUGAUGACAGGUUUUGGGAGUUAUCAGCUACUUGUGGACAGUCGAUGCAGGAAUAAGCCCUGGGUGUAUGAUUUAUAAGUCCUUUGUGGGCAAUUUCUGUUGUGCAUCAGAUCUGUUGCGUGUGGUUUGUAUUUUUGCAUAAACCCUAUUAGAAUUGGAUGUAAAGGUUUUUUAAUUUUACCGCUCUACUUCAAAAUUUAAGUGAAUCACGCGACUAUUUAGAAUUUUUGGAGCUUGUUUUUCAGGGCUGGCCAACGUUAGCUCCGGAGCCAUCUGCUUUGUUACGGCUUGUUUACAGACAUCGACAAAUUCUUCAACUGUCUUCAGCGUCAUUGGGACCAGCAACUUCAAAUUGCUACAUGCGAUGCAACGAAAUGGUGAAAGAUUCCUCAAAGUGUAGUUAAUUCACAACUUGGCCCCGGUGUUUGACUGAAACCUCUCCCCGAAAAAAAGCUAAUCUAUUAUUUAUUUAGGAAUAUUUUCUGAUAUUAUUUCAUAAACAAUUCCUUCUCGAUUACUAGUUAGUAUACAAAGACGUCCCUCAGAACAAAUGUUCCUGCCAUCUUCAUAUUUAUAUUCACCUCGUAUGUCUUCUGGAAAAUAUGUAGUCAAUUUCUUGGUUCUCUGCAAAGAUGGCAAGUUUGUCAUGUCAUAGGCUUCAUUGGUGUUUACAGGUUUAUAAUAAAUAAUGCAAAAAUUAAAUUGGUGUCAUUUGAGAGACAAGUAAAGAGAUUUCAGUAAAUGUAUGCCUUGGUGGAAUGAGAAGUUGUAAAGCACUUGUUUGGAAAUAUACAAUUAUGUUCGAGGACGAUAUGUGUAAAACGAUGAACAACUGCAACUCAAAUGUAAUGUUUGGAAAACCUUGACUGGUGAUGAAGAAAAACUCCAAGUAGGAUUUGAAAAAGGAUGUUAAAGUUGAACUCCAUGUUUUGGGUCACUGUUUGCCAUCAAAUAAAAAAAAAAGACACGGGUUCA